AUGUGUCCUGAAGAAGUCACACUGUCGAACCCAAUCCUGUACUUCCUGUUCCUGGAGCCCGGAUGGCUUUGUGCCAACCUUGUCUUGCCCUCCUCUAGGUCUCCCUUGGCACCUCACUCGAAUCAUUGUGCUCUGUCCACAAAGCUAACUGGCCCUUGCACACAUGGGCUGGGUCAAGGGCAGGGGCUGCACACCUGGACACGGCCUGUAGGGGGCGGGGAAGAGAGGACUCAUUUAUUGAGGAGGAGUGUCGUAGGAGAGAAAGAAUUCAGUUUUCAGGAAGCAGCAAACCUGAAAUAUGGCAUCCAUUCUUCCUUACACUGGGCAACAUAG